AUGGAUCCCUCUCAACAGCAGAAGUCUGGUAAGCCAUGGAGCGGCACUAACAGAAUUCCAAAUAUCAAAGAAUUCGUUGGUGGUCUCGACAAGGAAAAGGCACGUCGAGACAAAGAAAUUGACGAGCAAAACUCUGCCGCCAGUAAGCAAGACAAAGUCACUGCACACAAAAAUGAGAAGAAGGAAGAAAAGGGAAAGGUGGUUACGGACCCUGUGACCGGCAAACAGGUCGUCAUUGCAGAUGUCGGGAAGAAGUACAUGAAGAAUGUCGACAACCCGCAACUUUCCGUUCCCAAUGCAAACCUCGGCCGAGACACUACCGUCGCCACGGACUCAUCGCAGGCCAAUCCCGAAUAUAAAGAGAAGCAAGACAUUACAGCACCUCCAGACCCCAUCGCGGAGGGAAGCACCUCGGAUGUUCCAAUCCAUGGCGAGAAGACCAACAUUUUGUUCCAUCCGACGCCAUCUGUCAGUUAUGAGCCGACAUUCAAGGCAAUGGAGCAAAGAGCUGGCGGCCUAUGCAUCGCCAUCUUGGUUGCUAUCGUCGUUCUGGGCAAGAUGUUUGGUGGCGCGUUGAAAGGCCUGAUUCCCCUCGGCAUGUGUGUGGCCUCUGCUGUCUGGCUUUGGAUGAAGGAGGUAGUACGAAGUGGCCGAGAGGUUGAGUGGAGCAGCGAGCAAACAAGAGGCGAAACGGCUACUGCAAACCUCUUGCCCGAAUCUGUCGAAUGGAUGAACUCAUUCAUGGCCAUUGUCUGGGGCUUAAUCAACCCCGACAUGUUUGCCGCAGUAGCAGAUACCCUGGAAGACGUUAUGCAGGCAUCCGUCCCGGGCGUCAUCAAUAACGUCCGUGUCGCCGAGAUUGACCAGGGAAGCAACCCUAUUCGAAUUCUCAGCAUGAGAUCUUUGCCAGACAGCAAAGUUGCGGAUUUGAAGCAGAGCAUUCAUGAAGAGAACAAGAAGACGAAAGACCCCCAAGAAGCCGCCGCUGAUGAGGAGGGCGGUGACUACUACAACCUCGAAAUCGCUUUCGCUUACCACGCCAAACCCACUGGAACGGAUGUGGCUUCACACGCACGCAACAUGCAUAUGAACCUGGUCUUCUAUCUGGGUGUGAAGGGCUUGGUCGGGGUUCCCCUGCCAAUCUUUGUCGAGCUACAAGAGUUGGUUGGCACUGUGCGUUUGCGGCUGCAGAUGACACCUGAACCACCCUACGCGAAGUCUCUGACAUUCACCUUGAUGGGCGUGCCUCAUGUGCAAGCUGGUUGCAUACCCAUGGUCAAGCGUGGCGUCAACAUUCUCAAUCUGCCUCUGAUCUCUAACUUCGUCAACUAUGCCGUGGCUGCGGCUGCGUCAAUGUACGUGGCACCAAAAUCAAUGCAGCUGGAUCUCAAGUCUAUGCUCCAGGGCGACGAUAUCACCAAGGAGACCCAGGCCAUUGGUGUCAUGUGGGUUAGAAUUCACCGUGCUAUUGGCCUCAGUAAGCAAGAUCGACGAGGUUCUAAGGGUGGUGGCAGCGACCCCUACAUCAAUUUGUCGUUCUCCAAGUAUGGCAAGCCCAUGUACUGCACUCGCGUUAUUACCGAUGAUUUGAACCCUCUAUGGGAGGAGACCGCGGCCCUGUUGGUCACUCCUGAACUUGUCAAGGCAGAUGAGCAACUAAGCAUCGAGCUUUGGGAUUCAGACCGUAACACGGCCGAUGAUAUUGUUGGCAAGGUCGAGUUGUCCAUUCAAAAGAUGAUCCAACAUCCUGGCAAGAUGUAUCCUCAGAUCUCCAAACUCAGCGGCAUGCAAGAUGGUUCUGAGAUGCCUGGUGAGCUCCAUUGGGAGGUCGGAUACUUUGGCAAGCCCAAAUUCCGACCUGCUCUUCGCACAGACGGGAAAGACGACAGCCUACCCUCGCAGCUCAAGGACGACCCUCAAUUCCAAGAAGACAAGGGCACGCUUGACACCGCAGAGACUGAUGCAGUUGCUCACACCCCUCCGGACCCGCUUUGGCCUUCUGGCAUCUGCAGCGUUAUCGUUCACCAGAUCGUCAACUUGGAGCUGGAAAACAUCAAAGGCAGCGAAGGCAACCGCAAGGGCCGCGAGUUUGAGCCUGCUAAGGCGUAUGGCGAGGCAACUGAGGAAGAGUCAAGCAAACUGCCUACCUCGUACUGCAGCAUUCUUUUCAACGACCAACUCGUCUAUCGUACUCGUGCCAAGGCAGUUAGCAGCAAACCGAUCUUCAAUGCCGGUACUGAACGGUUCAUCCGUGACUGGCGGUCGGCGCUCGUGACCAUAACCGUUCGAGAUCAACGCAACCGAGAGCACGAUCCCAUUCUCGGUGUGGUUCCCCUCAAGCUUUCCGACCUCCUGACAAAGAGCUCGCAAGUCACACGGUGGUAUCCGCUAGAUGGAGGGAUCGGCUUUGGCCGCAUCCGAAUCUCUCUUCUUUUCCGCAGCGUCGAAACACGGUUGCCACCCAAUAUGCUUGGCUGGGACGUGGGUACCCUUGAGUUUCUGUCCGACCGUAUCUUGGCUACUGGCUGGACGAACAACACUAAAUUGAAGCUACGCACUGGCGGAAGUGUGGGUAAAGUCCCUCGAACCGAUUGCCACAAGACCGACGAAGGUGACGGCGUCUACUGGGACAUUGCUGCAUCGAAUAACAAGCAGGUUCGCCUCCCUGUGAAGCACCGCUACAGGUCACCUGUCGUGUUCGAGUUCCACGUAGCCGGCAAGCGAGGAGCUGUGGCAUAUGCUACUAUUUGGCUUCAGCAUCUCGUAGACAAUGAGGAGACACCAUUCGACAUCCCUAUCUGGACCACUAAGAUGGGCAGUCGUCUUGUCCAGAAUUACAUCACAGAGCGCAACUCUGCGGCCAAGGAAAUUCCUGGUUUGGAGGACCUGACCGAAGUUGGGCGCUUGCAAUUCCGAGGACGAUUCAAGACUGGUAUGGACGAAGCGCACCAUGAGUUUGUUGUGGACAACGACACUCGCGAGACCUACGAAACUUGGGAGACGUGCCGUAGCGAGGGCGUGCGCAGCCGAGUGGUAGAGGUUGAGGUGCCUGAGAGUGUGCAAGAAUUGCAUAACAAGUCGUUGACCCAAGGACGAGACAUCUUGAAAGCGGCUGAUCCCCGAGAACGAAAGAUGUGGCUCGGCAAAGACGGUGCAGAUUGGUCAGGCGCUUUUGGAGAUGAUCCUAGAGCAUACACGAACUCGAAGCACCAAAAAAUCGCGGAACCAGGCUCGGACGAUCCGCCUCAUAAUCCCGUGGUGCCAUCGGACGAUGACGGCAGUGAUGAUGAGCCAGAAAGCGAUUCAUCAUCUGAUCUAGGCGUCACGGAUGCAAGCAAUGCACCCGAGGGUGGCUUCAAACGUCGUGGUGGCCCUGACCCUCAGCUCAACGGUGAGGAUGCAAGUGACGGUGCCACACGCCAAAGCGUCGACACUGGCUAUACCACCAUGAGCACGAUGAGCAACGAGUCGGCUACAUCACCGUCACGCAAGGACAGCAAGUGGCUUGAGGGUUCCGAGAAGCGGGCGGAGAAGCGUAAGCAUCGGGGUUUGUCACAAUGGACUCCGGCUCGCUACGCGGAUUUUGCAAAGAACGAGAGCAAGUUUGGCGUGAACAAGAUCAAGAAGAGGUUCACGGGCGGUUUGGGCGGUCGUGAGCCCGGAGUUGAGACCGAGGCUUGA